AUGUUUUCGGCUUUACGGAGCAAAAACCAGUCUAAUAAGAGAUCUAACGAUGAUAGUAUCAAUAGUAGAAAAGAUGUUAAUGAAUUAAGUCUUGGUGCAGGUGGCACCAGUACUAGUACUAAUACCAAUCACAAUGACAGUCCCAGUAUUAAAAAUAAGAAUAAGAAUAAGAAUAAGAAUAAGACUGAGAAUGAAAAUAUAUAUAAACUAACUAUAUCGUCAGGACGUUCAAGAGGAACUGCAUCCAAUACAACAAAUGCUAAUACGUUGGUAUUAAAUGCUGGUGUAGCUAUAGUCGGGAAAGCACCCAUCGCAUCAUCCCAGAAUGAGAUACAAACCAUCAGUGGACAAUCAUUGCAGAGUGGUAUAGAUACAAAUCUAAUGACAGCUGGAUUUGGUCGCUCUGCUGGUAUUGACUCCACAACAACAGUUUCUCAUGACGCAAAUUCCGUUAAAUCGAGAUUACAAAGACUACCAACAAUUACUACUAGUUAUAAAGAAAUCAAUAAUGGAAACAAACCUGUUCAAGUAGAACCACAAGACGAUAGUCACUAUACCUCAUCUUUACUGGUAGAUACAGACCCACGUUCGAAUAAUCAACCCCAAUCAAUUUCAUCUAAUGCUGUAGCAAACGUAGAAAUAAACAGGACAUUACAAUUAGACCUGGUAUACCACGAAUCUAGAGUGUCUGAAAAAUUGGUCAUGCUAGAUUUAAAGAAACUACCCCAUAUUAAAGAAGGACAACUUUGCGAACUGAGGACAUAUCGUAAACGUAAAUCUACUUCUGCAAGAAGCAAUAAAAACUCUAGAGACAAAAAAUUAUAUUUCAUUGCCCAUGAUUUUGAUGAAGAAACCAGGAAAAGAUGUCACAAGUUUGGAAAUAUCUCAGUGGCUUUGGGUCAAUUACAAUUACUCCUAGACUUACCACCAAGAUCCCGUGUAUGGAUUAAACCCAAGAGAAAAGAAGACACUGCUGCCGAUUUGAUAGAACUGCAUAUAAAAGAUAUUCUUGUGAAUAGAGGUGAUAUGUGGUGCAUGUCUUCUGAAUUGGUAGAUACUUGUGUUUUCACCGGACAACGAAUUAUGUUUUUAGAUUCUAUCAGAACCACUGUCAACGGAAUCUAUAAAAAUGGUAAGAAAGUACUAUCGGGAUACAUAAAUGACAAUACUAAGAUCGUUUUCAGAUCCGAGUCAUCACGGCUUUUGUUUAUUAUACAAAUUACUAAUGAAAUGUGGAGUUUCGAUGAAUCUGGCGAACAAAUGUUUCAAAAAAUGAUCAACUCCUUUUUCCCCAAAAUCUUCAACAAGUGGAAGGAUAUUGAGACCCAUCAUAGCAUAACCAUCGCGUUUGCAAUAUCAAUGGACAUGUCUACAUCUUCUUACAAGGAUUUAAAACCUGGCCAAAGAAUCAAGAACACAACAGAUUAUUACAGAAUCGUUGUAGAUCAAGUUAGUGUUAUAUAUUGGGUUGAAAUCAUGGAAAGUCUGAGAAAAGAAUUUAUGGAAAUCACAAGAGAAUUAUUGUCUCGUAAAUCUGAUGAUAAAAAGGAUAAUGAACUUUCGGUUAUUAAGGGCAGAUUUGCUCCUGUGAUCAAAUCAAAUAUCCUUGAACUAAUCAAUUUUGCUGCGACUACAAUAGUUGAUCCCUUCAGACAGCUUGAUCUCAGACAUACGUCCACCCAUGUGAUGAUUAUCAGUCCGGGAAAAGGUUUAUAUGAUGUCGAUUACGAUCUGUUACAACUAUCUUGUAAAAAAUUAUUAUCUCUAGAACUAACGAUGGAUUUGAUUUGUCUUUCUAACCCUCCUUUACAUGUCGUACCACUAUUUCGAUACAUUGAUUAUGAAAAUAAGCUACAUCAUUGCAUACCGCCUUGGCUGAAUAUUUUUUUCUGGAAUGAUAAAACGAAGGAUACCAAUAAGUGGACUCCAAGAUGCCAAAUUUAUGAUCUACAGAUGAUGGGUUUGACAGAUACAGAAUUGGUUCAAGAACUAGAACUAGAUUAUUUAAACCCUUCUGAUGAUAUUAAUGAUUUACAAACAUUCCUCAAAGACUAUGACAGAGAUAUUUUUUUGCCCAUAUCUACUGCUAAUUUCAAAGCGGAAAACAUUUCUUCCGAUCCUGACGAGGAAGAUCUUAAAGAACUAAAAAAAAUCAAUGAUAAAACAACUACCAUCCAUAAAUCCUCCACGUCAAGAAAUACUCUGACAAAAUCUCAAAGGACUAAUAGUGAAGAAAACAAUUCAAUUCGAUCACGAAAGGGCGAUACAAUAAUCAAAGAUCCUCAAUUUGUAGGGAAAAUUAGUAAUUCAUCUAGAAAUAACCCGCCAUAUGACCUAUCUGAUAAAUCUACCUUUGAAAAACAAUUUAAGCCGAAGACAACAUUCCAUCCCAGUGCUAUGAUUAAGAAAACUCCCGAAAAUAUGAAAAAGCUAACAAAUCCUGUAUUUCAACAGCAAUACUUUGAUAUACAAACUGAUAAUGGAUUAACAGGAAAUAGCAAAAACCUAUUAAUCAAAAAUACAAAAUAUUUGACGCCGAUUAUCGAUGAGCCACAAACUCCUUUGGUAACGGGUAAUCUAUAUCGUACCCGUUUCGAAAGCCAAUCCAAUGACAAUGAGUUGAACGAGAAUUCGAAGUUACCUGAACGUGGAGGAGGAACUGACGAAAGAAGAAAUGUUUCAGCUGCAGAUACACUGAAAGAUGUUACUAAGAAAUCAUCCAUCAAAGAUUUUACUCAAAGAAUAUUCACGAAAUUUCUGGCUACCACUAAACAAAGCAACUUUAAUUCUGAUGGAAUAAACUCAAGUGCAAUAACUGAAGAUGCCGUUUUAAUAAGUGAUGAUACCGAUGGAAAGACAAACAAUAAUAACGAUUUCGCUGUUUACCCAUCCUCUGUAGCAGAUGGAGAUGUGAGCGGUGACAACCAACAUAGAUUGAACAAUAAAGAUUCUUUUACGAGCAUAUUGAAACCUAUUCCAAGACCACAACUUGGAGUUAAGAUCUUCAAGUCUGACAUAAACAAUUUAUCUUCAAAUGAAAAUGUCAAUUCUGAAACAAAACAGAAUUUGCUUGGAACGAGAAAUACUAUAAAUAGAAAACAAUUCACAGCAAGCCCUCAUUUUACCUCCAGUACAAAAAAUUCGGUAUCAAACCAUAGCCGUUUCAUCAAGUUUGAUAGCAUGGAUGAUUGGAUUGAAAUCUUAGAAGACUCAAUACCAUCAUAUAGUUUUCUUGGCGAUGACUUGUUACCUACGAGAUGGAGAGACGUAUGGCCUAAAAAUGUUUUUCGAAAAUACAGCAAAUGGAAAUCCUUUACUUCUCCUGCUGAGCUUCCAAUCACUUUGAAACGUUUUCCAUCUAAAUACGAGCUAGAGAAUAAUUUCAUGCUGAGAAAUCACUCUGUUACUCAAAACUGGGAGCAAGAACAAUAUAAAUUGACCACGAAGGACCUUUUACGUAAUAUGAUAUACCUGAGAUUACUGGUUGGCUUCCAAAUUUGUACCAGUAGCACCAUCGAAGAAGUGGAAUCGGCUCGUAAAGGAGAUCGAGAUGUUUUUGCUAUUCAUAAAUACCUGAGAGGCGAUCUGACAGGCACUUUCAAAAUAUAUAUGUUAAUGGGCUCUGAGAUUCAUAGGUUACAUUAUGACAACAGUGGAACUAUUAAUGUCGAAAGGUACAUAGAAAAAAGUGAGCGUAAUGUCUUUGAUCAGGUACCUAGUUACACUUCUUUUGUUAAAACCAGAUACGACAGUAACUAUAGAAAGACUGAUGUUGAUCCCAUCCACACGAAGAGAUCGGAGUUUAAUUGGAAUUUGUUAGAUCAACUAUUGGCAGGUUACUCUGAUCCAUAUCUCUACGAUGAAUGGCACGGAUUCAGAUCAAAGUAUGUUAUAUUGCCUGCAGAAAUCCCGUCAAAUACUUUUUCCAUGGUUGUUAACGGCAAAAAUGAGACACUUACAACUGAGGAAAUUAGAGUAGAGGGAUUGAGGAAACUAAUCGCAUCAAUAACUAGGCUUAAGCUUUUAUCUGUUGAAGAAUCCAAGAUUCAGAAGGAUAGAAAAACGGAGAUACAACCAGAGGUAAUUUUCUAUACAGGAUCACUAUUUGAUUUCUUGAAUGAACAACAAGCUCAACUUGAUAGCUCGACUUUAAAUUUCAAGGAUUCAAUUUUUGGUGAUGUUACAAAAAAAUUGAAUAAGAACAUUGACUUGAAAAACCUUGCACAAGAGUUACAGAUGGGUGAAAACAAACUUAACUUAGUAACAAGGAAAUGGCAUUGGAAAAGACAUGCUAACUGUUUUGUUGGGUCUGAAAUGGUGAACUGGUUGAUACGUAACUUCUCAGAUAUUGAUACAAGAUCAACGGCAAUAAGCUAUGGCCAAAAAUUGAUGAAUGACGGACUGUUCAUUCAUGUCUUGGAUAAACAUAGUUUUUUGGAUGGUAAUUAUUUUUAUCAGAUAUCACCAGAAUUCAUUAUCAACAUGAAUACGGUUGAGAGAACUAAUAGCAAAAACUCAAACACAUCUGAUAACAAUACUUUGAAGAAGACAACAUCUCGUAAUUCAACUGAAUCGAAUCUGACUCCACUAAGUAUGAGAAAUAAAGUAUCCACCAUGGAUGAUGACUCAACUCAACUUGCGAAUACAACUUCUGCCAACUCUUAUAAAGAAAAGAAAACCGUGGUUCUAAGUAACUCAAUGCUCAUCAAUGUUGACCCUAGCUCAAAGUCAUAUAAAGAGGAGCUAUGCACAGUCCACUUUGAUAGAGUUCAUAACCCUGAACAUUGUUUCCAUAUCAGACUAGAAUGGCUGACAACUACUCCAAAACUAAUCGAUAAUAUGCUUGGAAAUUGGGCAAGAAUCUGUGAGAAAUACGGUUUAAAGCUAAUAGAGAUCCCAUGGAAUGAACUCUGCACGAUUCCAUCUGUGGACCCAUUCCAUACUUUUGUACAAUUACAUCUGGUUAUCAAUCCUUGGGAGGAUCCAGAGUUCAAUGACCCAGAACUUUUCGCCGUGAGUAAAUUCUAUUAUCAUAUUCAUCUUUUGAAAAUGUCUGGGUUCUUACUUGAUAACAGAGCCUCUAGAUUCUUUCAAAGAGAUGACGCUGACUUUGAAAUAAUGUACUCGUGGGGUAAACCCCAAUUCAAAUAUGCGCAAUACAUUCACACGACCGGAGCAUACAUCGCCGAAAUGAGAGAAAAUGGUAAUAUCUUCCUGGCUCCAAAUAAUGUCUACAUGUCAAGAGUAAACAGAGCUAACGUUAUCAGUAAGACACGCUCCAGCCCCACUUUUACAGUAGACUCCAGAAAAGUUGUGAUAGAAUUUUCAAGGACUUGUUACAGCUAUGCCAAAUUACGCGCCGUCUUCCUUGACGCAAAAGAAAAAUGGUUGAGUAACAAAACUGUCGAAGACUGA